AUGGAGGUUCCCAGGAGGCCUCAGACGUCCUCCUUCACGCUGCCUCUUCGUAAACCAGCGUCCCCCGCUGGUAUGUCUCCCCUCGGCGCUAUAGAGAAGGUCACCAAGAAAGAUCCAACGAAAGAAAAGCUCCAGGAGAAGAACGAUGGAACCACAGAGAAAGAUUCAGAGUUUGGAGAAGAGACAUUCAGUCCAGAGGAGGAUUCGGGUGUGUCCGUGUUUGUGGAAGCACCGGACGAGACCUCAGAACUCGGAGAGGAAAAUAUUUCCACCGCUGACUCAAAAGUGAGACUUUCCUCACAGGAUAGUUUCUCAGGGGAGAGCUUGAAAUCGGAGGAGAGGUUGGCAGAGGAGUCAAAAGAGGUCAAAAAGAAGAAGGAGGAGGAGGAAGCGGAGGCUAAAGAGAGAGCUGCUAUGAGACAGCUGAUGGCCAUCCAGGAGCUGGUGCAGUCUGAGAGGAAUUACCUCCGACUGCUGCAGAUCAGCACCGUGACCAUCAGGAGCAACCUGCAGAAAAUACAGCCUCCUCUAGUCAACCUGGACAGCAUGUUUCUCUACAUCGAGGAGGUGAUUGACGUGUCGAGUCGACUCCUCAGCCUGCUGGACCAGAAGCAGGUUCAGCCUGGAGACCCUCUCUACCUGGAGACGCUCUGUGAUUCAUUCCUCAGCCUGUCUUCAGACAUCGAGGCAGCCUAUAAGGAAUACUUGGCCAACUACAACCACGUAACAGUGGCGGAGAACAACUACAAGCAGAAGGAGUCGCUCUGGAACGAUAUCGUCAGAGUCAUAAAGGCCUCAGCGCCUGACGUAAACGCCACCUCUGUGACGUUCUUCCUGGUGAUGCCGGUGCAGCGAAUAGCCCGCUACCCCCUCCUCCUGCAGACCAUCCAGAAACACACUGACAAAUCCCACCCGGCGUACUCACUCCUUGAGCAGACGGCUCACACCUCCAUCGCCUUGAACUGUCGCAUCAACGAGUACAAACGCUUCAGAGAAGUCGCUGACAAAUACAAGAAGACAGAAACGCUGACCAUCAAGGACAAGAUCAACCGCCUCAACAGCCACAGCAUCGCCAAGAAGACGGCGAGGCUCAGCCAGCACUUCAAACACGAAACCGGAAUAGCUGCCAGGCUGGUGGACGAGGAGUUUGACGCCUUGGAGGGUUUCUUUAACGUUUUGGAGGACGGCAUCUUGCAGCUCCUUGAGAACGUAGAGAUGUACCUGCUCCACUUACAGGCUUUCCUGUCCUGUAAAACCGAGGAGUUCGACCUGGACAUGGAUGGAGAGAAGGCGCCUAUUUGCUACAAAGAGAUCACCACCGCACUCAGACAGUGGAUCCUUCCUACAUUUGAAAAGAGACUGAGGACGUUGAUCCACAAGCCUCUCUGUGCGCUCCGUGACCUCCUGGUGGGCCCGAGGAACCUGAUCAGGAAGAGGCUAGACAAGCUGCUCGACUUCGAAGUGUUAGAGGCCAAAUCUAAUCUGAGCUACGAGGAACAAGCUGCGGCCAACACGUACAGGACGAUGAACACGUUGCUCCUUAACGAGCUUCCUCAGUUUAACGGUUUGGCUCUGCAGAUGAUCUGGAGCAUGUUGGGGACGUUCAGCUGUCUGCAUAAAGACCUCGCCUCAGACAUGGAGCAGCUCUUCCAGAGCUUUGCACAACAGCUUCCUCACAGCUCUCUGGACCCAGGUGCAUUUUGGGAAUGGGCGGAGUCCACAGUGCUGGCAGGCGCCAACAGACUGGAGACUUUGUGUCGAAGUGUGGAGGACACGCUCAAUGCACCGGUCGUUCAGCCUCUGAGCCCAUCUUUUCAGCGCCGUCUGAAGCAGCUGACCGAUAAACACGGUUCUGGAAAGAUCUACCAGGUGAUCGGCACGGUGGUGGCCAGCCGAGACCUGGACCUGAACCUGGCCAAAGGGGAGCUGGUGGCCAUCAUCAGUGAGGCCGAUACCCGCGGAGACAAACGGAGAUGGCUGGUCGACGCAGGAGGCAGAAGAGGUUACGCUCCUUCCUCAAAGCUGAUUCGUUAUCAUCAGCCGACGGAGGACCCGCCUCCUUCGCCACACCUGACCCUCCCUGAGGACGUGAUGCCAAUCAGGAGACACUCUUACACCCCGGAGAGCCGGCCGAUGGCGGUCAUGAGUCAGCCUUGCUUCCAGGUUUUUGCGGCUUAUGACUUCAUGGCGAGAGGAAGCCACGAAGUUUCUAUACGUGCUGGUGAGCCGGUUCGCGUCCUGGAGCCUCACGACAAGAGAGGGAGCCGUGAGUGGAGCCUGGUGGAGGCGAGAAGCGGGCAGAGAGGCUACGUGCCCUCCAACUAUCUCGCCAUCGUCCCUAUGGCGACGGCGCUGCCCGGCGCCUACCAGCCCUACUGCUAG